CGUACCACCAGUUAUGGAAUCCAACAAGUUUCGCUUUAUCCUUCUCACUCUUUUCCUCAACGACAUUCUCACCAUCCAUGCAGAUACUCUAGCCACUUACAUAGUUCAGCUAGAUCCACAUGGCACAACCAGCUCUCUCUUCGCCUCCAAGCUUCAAUGGCACCUUUCCUUUUUACAGCAGACCGUUUUGUCUGAUGACAACAACCCUUCUUCUCGCCUCCUUUACUCGUACCGCUCCGCCAUGGACGGUUUUGCAGUUCAGCUGACACAGUCUGAACUUGAGCACUUGCAAAGCCUCCCAGAUGUUAUCUCCAUUAGACCAGACUACAAGAUCCAGAUUCAAACCACCUACUCUUACAAGUUCUUAGGUCUCAACCCCAGGGGAGAAGAUGCUUGGUAUCGGUCUAGUUUUGGCCGUGGAACCAUAAUUGGGGUGCUUGAUACAGGAGUGUGGCCGGAGAGUCCAAGCUUCAAUGAUCAUGGAAUGCCUCCAAUUCCCAAGAAAUGGAAGGGUGUAUGCCAGAAAGGGCAGGCCUUUAACUCUUCCCAUUGUAACCGAAAACUCAUUGGAGCAAGGUACUUCACCAAAGGUCAUCUCGCAGUUUCACCUUCAAGAAUUGCAGAAUAUCUCUCGCCCAGAGACUCUAGUGGGCAUGGCACUCACACUUCAUCUACUGCUGCCGGAGCAUCAGUGGCUGUUGCUAGUGUUCUUGGUUAUGCUGAUGGUGUGGCUAGAGGAAUGGCUCCUCAGGCUCACAUUGCAGUAUACAAAGUGUGCUGGUUCAACGGCUGCUAUAACUCUGAUAUCCUAGCUGCUAUGGAUGCAGCCAUUAGAGAUGGCGUGGACGUUCUCUCCUUGUCUCUGGGUGGCUUCCCGGUACCUCUAUACAGUGAUAAUAUCGCCAUUGGAAGCUUCAGAGCGAUGGAACACGGCAUUUCGGUCAUAUGUGCAGCAGGAAACAAUGGCCCGAUGGCAAUGUCUGUUGCCAAUGAAGCUCCUUGGAUUGCUACUGUUGGUGCGAGCACACUGGAUAGGACAUUUCCAGCUGAAGUUCACAUGGGAAAUGGACAAAUUCUCUACGGAGAAUCCAUGUAUCCAGCAAACCGACUUAUGAGCAUAGGCAAAGAACUCGAGCUAGUUUAUCUGACUGAUGGGGAUAGGAUGAGUCAAUUUUGCCUCGCAGGGUCUCUUCCAAGGGACAAAGUUAAGGGUAAAAUGGUGGUAUGUGAUAGAGGCAUUAAUGGAAGAGCAGAGAAGGGUCAAGUUGUGAAGGAAGCAGGUGGUGCUGCCAUGAUUUUGGCGAACACAGCGAUAAACUUGGAAGAGGAUUCAGUUGAUGUUCAUGUCCUGCCUGCAACAUUGGUAGGCUUUGAUGAAUCUAUUCGCUUAAAAGCUUAUAUGAACUCCACAGAGAGGCCUCUUGCUUGGCUUGAAUUUGGAGGAACUGUUAUAGGGAAGUCUAGGGCUCCAGCGGUGGCUAGAUUUUCAGCCAGAGGACCAAGUUUUACCAACCCUUCAAUCCUCAAACCAGACGUAAUUGCUCCUGGUGUCAAUAUCAUUGCUGCUUGGCCUCAAAACCUGGGUCCCACAACCCUUCCAGAAGAUUCUAGAAGAGUGAACUUCUCUGUCAUGUCAGGUACCUCAAUGUCCUGUCCUCAUGUAAGUGGAAUCACUGCUCUUAUCCGCUCAGCACAUCCAACAUGGAGCCCUGCAGCUAUCAAAUCUGCAAUUAUGACAACAGCUGAAGUAAAUGAUCAUUCAGGAAGACCAAUACUUGAUGGAGAUAAACCAGCAAGUGUUCUUGCCAUGGGAGCUGGCCAUGUGAACCCAGAGAGAGCCCUAAACCCAGGGCUGGUUUAUGAUAUUAGACCAGAUGACUAUGUCACUCAUUUGUGCACUCUUGGAUAUACAACAUCCGAAAUUUUCAGCAUAACUCACAGAAAAGUAAGUUGCCAUGAGAUCUUGUGGGUGAACAGAGACUUCAGCCUUAACUAUCCAUCAUUUUCUGUGAUCUUUAGGGACGGAAUGAGGAUGAAGAAGUUCAGCAGGCGACUAACCAAUGUGGGAAGUCCUAACUCCACCUACUCAUUGGAGAUUAUGGCACCUCAAGGAGUGAAAGUGAUAGUAAAACCCAGGCGGCUGGUAUUUGAGAAAAUAUAUCAAAAGCUGAAUUACAGGGUAUGGUUUAUAUCAAGAAGGGUAGAAGGAGCUGAUUUGGUGACUUCAGAAGGGCACUUAACAUGGAUUCAUUCUCAAUAUGGUUCCUACAAAGUCAGAAGCCCCAUCGCAGUCACUUGGAAGGUUAAGCAGCGAAGGGGACAAGAAAGCGGUAGGAUAUAGAUAAUUAAGGUUGUCGCAUACCUUACUUUCCCAGUAUAAUUGCUUCAGACACUUUAUGUCUCGCAAAGUUGUUGGCGAAGUUUUUUUCAAUUUUAAAAUUUUAGGAGAGAAACUCAAUGUGGUUUCUUGAAAGUUGGACCAUCAAUGCAGUACUAAAUAAUUGGUCAGACCGUGUUGUAUUACGACA